GACCAAAAGCUUCUGCAUGGAAGAGCUGUUGCAGAAUUGGAGCUCGUGUUUGGAUAUAAAAUCUCACAAGACACAAGCAAGUUUUCCUGGUAGGAGGCAGAGCAGGGUUUAGUUGAGACGGUUUUAACCUCAGGUGGGCCGUGGUAGCCCAGGAGAGUGUUCUGGAACUGGUCCCAUGGUCCAGUCUAGGUGGCUGGGUACAGGAGUGAAGGCUCCUUCUGGAGCAGCAGCCAGGGCCUUUGAAGGGUUGACCUGACAACCAUUUCAUCCUGCACGAAUCAGUUAGCAAGAUCUGCGCAGACUUCCUCCUAAGGGAAACAUGUCUGAGAUUGACUAUGAGAAGUUAGCUGAAAUAGAACUGCAGAAAGAUGAAGCAGAAGAUGCACAGUCAGGACAGGAAAAAACAUUUAUGUCUCCACCAUUUGAGGAUACUGAGCUAAAUAUCAAUCACCCCUACUAUGAUGUUGCAAGACACGGCAUCAUCCAAUUAGCAGGUGAUGACAAUUCUGGAAGGAAGGUGAUUACCUUCAGUUGCUGCCGUAUGCCCCCUUCUCACCAGCUCAAUCACACCAGAUUGCUGGAGUACUUGAAAUAUACUCUGGACCAGUAUGUAGAGAAUGAUUAUAUGGUUGUCUACUUUCACUAUGGCUUGAAGAGUCUGAAUAAACCAUCUCUGAAAUGGUUACAAACUGCCUACAAAGAAUUUGACAGGAAGUAUAAGAAAAACCUUAAAGCACUGUAUGUUGUACAUCCAACGAACUUCAUAAAAAUUCUGUGGAAUAUUUUUAAACCUCUUAUAAGCCAUAAGUUUGGGAAAAAAAUCACCUACUUGAACUAUUUAAGUGACCUGAGAGAACAUCUCAAAUAUGACCAGCUUCAUAUUCCUCAAGAAGUCAUCCAACAUGAUGAAAAUCUUCGGGGGAAACAGAAGGGAAAACUGCCACCUGUUGUUAAAAUUCCUCCACCAAGACCACCUCUACCUACCCAGCAAUUUGGAGUCAGCCUACAAUAUAUCAAGGACAAAAAUAAGGGUGAACUAAUCCCCCCAGUAAUGAAGGAAACCAUAUCCUACCUAAAAAGAAAAGGACUACAAGUAGAGGGCCUCUUCAGAAGGUCAGCCAGUGUCCAGACUAUCAAAGAUGUUCAGAAACUCUACAAUCAGGGCAAGACUGUGAAUUUCGAUGACUAUCAUGAUAUCCAUAUUCCUGCUGUUAUCCUAAAGACUUUCCUUAGGGAACUCCCUCAGCCAUUACUAACCUUUGAAUGUUAUGAUCCUAUCCUUGGAAUCACCAGUGUGGAGAGCAGUUUACGAGUAACCAGAUGUAAACAGAUCAUUCAUGGACUUCCUGAACAUAAUUAUGUUGUUCUGAAGUAUCUGAUAUGCUUUCUCCAUAUGGUUUCGCAGGAGAGCAUAUAUAACAGAAUGACAGCAUCCAGCCUGGCCUGUGUCUUUGGCUUGAAUUUGAUCUGGCCGUCUAAAGGAACAGCCUCGCUGAGUGCUCUGGUACCUCUGAAUCUCUUCACUGAACUACUGAUAGAUUUCUACAUUAAUAUAUUCAACUCCCGAACAGUGCCUGGUGAGAUCUUACCUUAAUGCUCCCAGAAAGGGAAAUGAGGUUAGGCUGCCUAAGGAAAAUGUCUCCGUGCCUCAGCUGGCAGGAGCUUUAUAUUCAGUUCCCUCUCUUAUAAAAAAAAAAUACUUUCAAUAUAGAGUAAAGUUUCUAUAACUUUCCAGGUACCAAAGACAUUGAAAGAAGCACACUGCCCCAUGUGUUCCUCUCAAAUGGGAGAAUAUGAACAUUCAAGGACCUACAGGUCAAAGUGAAUCCCCUUAUUAAACUUGAGCAGUUGAC